AUGAAUCUUCAUACACCAUUAUUACAUGAGUCAAACGGCAGGCCAAAGAAAAUUGGAAUAUUGAAGAAAGUUCUCCGUGAUUCUAAAAUUGUAUUCUUUUCAUCUCCAGUAAAUUAUUUGUUGGUUUUCAUCCCAUUAGGUCUACUUUUUGGUUUAAAGGAAUGGUCAUCCACCUGGGUCUUUGUCCUCAACUUUUUAGCAAUUAUUCCUUUAGCUGCUAUAUUAGCGUAUGCUACGGAACAAGUAGCAAGUAAGGCAGGCAGCACCCUUGGAGGGCUUUUGAAUGCGACGUUGGGAAAUGCAGUGGAGCUAAUUGUGUGUAUCAUUGCACUAAAGCGUGGCCAGGUCCGGAUCGUUCAGGCAUCAAUGUUGGGAUCGUUGCUUUCUAAUCUAUUGCUAGUUUUGGGGUUCUGUUUUUUAUUUGGAGGUUACAAGAGAACUCAACAGAAGUUUAAUCAAACAGCAGCACAGACAAUGAGCUCGUUAUUGGCCAUUUCUUGCGCUUCUUUACUAAUCCCUGCAGCAUUCAAAGCCACAGUUCCUGGAAAUACCAAGGAAACAAUGAUAAUGAUCGACGAUAAGAUCUUAAGUCUCUCACGUAGCACAUCAAUUGUUUUGUUACUAGUCUACUUAUUGUUCCUAUUCUUCCAGUUGUUCACACAUAAAGAAAUGUUUGAACAUCAAGGAGAAGAAAUAGAAGAUCUGAGCAGAAAAAUGAAAGGAGAUUCCUUAUCAGUAAGGUCUUCCAUAGGGUUCCUAUUCGUUUCCACCGUUUUGGUUUCCCUAGCCGCAGACUUCUUAGUCGGUAGCAUUGAUGACAUAGUAGCCUCUUCCGGUCUCUCAAAAACCUUUAUUGGCCUAAUAGUCAUCCCCAUUGUAGGCAAUGCAGCUGAACAUGUCACAAGUGUCAUUGUAGCAAUGAAAGACAACAUGUCGCUAGCUCUAAGUGUCGCUAUUGGGUCCUCCUUACAAAUAUCUCUCUUUGUUACCCCAUUUAUGGUAUUAAUUGGCUGGUGGAUCGACGUCCCAAUGACAUUAAAUUUUUCGACCUUCGAAACAGCUACACUAUUUACAAGCGUGUUCUUAUCGAACUACUUGAUUCUAGACGGUGAAUCUAACUGGUUAGAGGGAGUCAUGUCUUUGGCAAUGUACACCUUAAUUGCCUUGGCCUUUUUCUAUUACCCUGAUGUGCAAGCUGUAGAUGCUUUCCACUAA